AUGGAAAUUUAAAGCACUAGUAUAUUUACACAUUUUGUGAAGGGCUUCGAUCUUUACUCUCAACCCAUUAACUUUAGUCUAAAUGGCUAGCAUAAAUUCAAAACAAUAAUGGGAGGAGCUUUCUCAAUGAUCGUUGUUGUUUUGAUGAUUGCAUUAAGUAUCUAAAGAAUAAAUGACAUUUAAAAUCAAAACUUAUACACUGUAAAGCAAGGUGCUAAUUAUGUCUUUAAAAAUAUGCCAACACAGGAAAUUAAUUUAUCAGAAAAAAAAAUCACCUGGGCAUUUAUGAUUUCUAACUAUGAGAAAAGCUAGAUAUACAAUGAUUCUUUUUAUGGAUCAUUCAACAUUGUAUAGCAUCAAGCAACUUAGAUAAUAGAUAGUGAGAUUACUAGUGAUCAAUAGACUGAGCAGUCUCAUAGUUUCAAUAAUAUAUAAAUUAGAAACUGCAAUUAUCCUGAUGAUUUCUCUUUUUUAGAGGAAUAGUAUUUCAGAGACUAUGAACUCUCUUAAUAUUAAUGCCCAUCUUCAUAGAAUAGUAGUAUCUAGGGAUAUGAGAAUUCCAUGUAGUAUUAAUCUAUACAUAUCUAAUUCUUAAGAUGCACAGGCUACAAUUGUUCAACUGACUAGGAUUUGGAAAAAUGGCUAGAAAAUAAAUGGAUUUAUAUCUAUCUUGUUUCUUAAUAAUUUUAAGAAGAUGCUCAGGAAAAUUUCAUAUAAAGUUCCUUUAAAGAUGGAAACAUCUUCUUUACAUCUGAAAUUAAACUUGAUUAGAGAUUUUUUGAUUAUGAAAGAUAGGCUUACACAUUUAAUUAGCUUCUAGGAGAGUUAGGAGGAGUUUAUAAUUCUUUAUUAUUCAUUGGCUUUAUUUUGUAUUACUAGUUCAGAGAAACAAUGUUCUUUUGCCAAAUUUUAAGUUAAGGGUACUUGGUUGGAAGCUAAAUUGAAAUGACAAAUCAUAGUGUAAAGACAAUAGAUAUCAAAAGGCAUGAAAUCAUUAAGAGAUUUUCAGCUAGCAAAAUAGUAAAUUCAGGUAACAAUAGUAAUAUGCAAAUUGACUUAAAUGUUAAAGAUGAUUUGAAAUCUUAGAAGCCAAAGUUAUAAAGAUAUUCCUUCGACUAUAUUAGGGAAAUGCUUUUUCAUAGGAAAUAUUUCAUUGUAUCUCCCUUAGAUAUCAUCAAAUAUACAGCAUGUAAAAUCACUGGCUUUUUUGAAUAGAACAGAAACAUGUGUAACAAAUAUUAGCAAUUGAAAGAAAAUUAUAAUCGAUAUUAAGUAGGUGUAAGACAGGUUAAAAGUGAUCUUGAUUUGAUUUAAUACAUCAAUUUAAUGAAGGAAAAAGAUAGAAAGCUUCUGCAUGGAUUAGUCUGUGGUGAUUAAUUUUAAAGAGAAAAGCAUCCAUCUGAGGAGAUAAGGAAAAAAUUGAAGACUAGUAAACUUGAAGAAAUGACGAAGGUAUAGAUAUUUGAAUAGACCAGUUUUCCAUUAGCUGGUUGCUCAAGCAGGAAUUUAUUUCUCUAUGAUUCUUAAAUUAUGGAUCUAAGCAAAAGAAGUAGUUGA